AUGUCAUAUGAGUUUGACAAAAUUACUAAUAUUAACAAUAGAAAAGAAACAAAAGAGUUUAAAGAGAUAUUGGCAAAGAUUCAAAAAUGCAGAAAAAUAAUGAAGCGUCGUAGGUCUUCAUCUAACGCUAUUCCAGAAUGUCAAGCUAUUGUAACAGAACUUCUUGCUAACACACAAUAUCCAGCAAGUUUUGUUGCUUAUAUUCAUAAAGAAUUGGAUACAAUAAUCGAAAAUAUACCAGUUCCAACAUUGACACAACAAUCAGAACAAUUGUCUCAAUAA